UUCUUCCCUCACAGCAGCCUACCAGGCAGCAAUUACGCUUUGGGGAUAAAACGAGGCGCAGAGAGCAGGCUGGGGCAGUCCUCCCCGAGAUGGCGGGUCUGACAGCGGCAGUCCCGCAGCCUGGCGUCUUGCUGAUCCUCUUGCUCAACCUCCUCCAUCCCGCGCAGCCUGGAGGGGUUCCCGGAGCUGUCCCUGGUGGAGUUCCUGGUGGAGUUCCCGGUGGAGUCUAUUAUCCAGGGGCUGGUAUCGGAGGCCUGGGAGGAGGAGCUCUGGGACCUGGAGGAAAACCACCUAAGCCAGGUGCCGGACUUCUGGGACCGUUUGGAGCAGGUGCUGGAGGACUUGCAGGUGCUGGCCCUGGGGCAGGUCUUGGGGCCUUUCCUGCAGGCACCUUACCAGGGGCAGGAGCUCUGGUGCCCGGGGGAGCAGCAGGGGCUGCUGCAGCUUAUAAAGCUGCCGCCAAAGCUGGAGCUGGGUUUGGUGGCGUUGGCGGAGUCCCUGGUGGUGUUGGAGUUGGUGGAGUCCCUGGUGGCAUUGGAGUUGGCGGAAUCCCUGGUGGUGUUGGAGUUGGUGGAGUUCCUGGUGGUGUUGGUGGUAUUGGUGGCAUCGGUGGCUUAGGAGUCUCAACAGGUGCUGUGGUCCCUCAAGUUGGAGCUGGCGUCGGGGCUGGAGGAAAGCCUGGGAAAGUUCCUGGCGUUGGUAUUCCAGGUGUAUACCCAGGCGGAGUGCUCCCAGGAACAGGAGCUCGGUUCCCCGGUGUGGGGGUGCUCCCUGGAGUUCCCACUGGCACAGGAGUCAAAGCCAAGGUUCCAGGUGGAGGUGGUGCUUUUUCUGGAAUCCCAGGGGUCGGGCCCUUUGGGGGUCAGCAGCCUGGUGUCCCACUGGGUUAUCCCAUCAAAGCUCCAAGGCUGCCAGGUGGCUACGGACUGCCCUAUACCAAUGGGAAACAGCCCUAUGGAGUGGCUGGUGCAGGGGGCAAAGCUGGUUACCCAACAGGGACAGGGGUCGGAUCCCAGGCAGCAGCAGCAGCAGCUAAAGCAGCGAAGUAUGGUGCUGGAGGAGCUGGAGUCCUCCCCGGUGUUGGAGGGGCUGGCAUUCCUGGUGGUGCUGGCGCAAUCCCUGGGAUUGGAGGCAUUGCAGGCGCUGGAACUCCCGCAGCAGCUGCUGCUGCAAAGGCUGCUGCUAAGGCUGCUAAGUAUGGAGCUGCUGGAGGUGUAGUACCUGGGGGACCAGGAGUCAGGGUCCCAGGUGCUGGAAUCCCAGGUGUUGGUGGCAUUCCAGGUGUUGGUGGCAUUCCAGGUGUUGGUGGCAUUCCAGGUGUUGGUGGCAUUCCAGGUGUUGGUGGCAUCCCAGGUGUUGGUGGCAUCCCAGGUGUUGGGAUCCCUGGUAUCGGAGGUCCAGGCAUUGGGGGUGGACCAGGGGUUGUGUCACCAGCUGCAGCUGCUAAAGCUGCUGCCAAAGCUGCCAAAUAUGGAGCCAGAGGUGGAGUUGGCAUCCCGACAUAUGGGGUUGGAGCUGGCGGCUUUCCUGGCUAUGGUGUUGGAGCUGGAGCUGGACUCGGAGCAGGUGCAAGCCCAGCUGCUGCUGCCGCCGCUGCCAAAGCUGCCAAGUAUGGUGCUGGAGGAGCCGGAGCCCUGGGAGGCCUGGUACCAGGUGCAGUACCAGGUGCAGUACCAGGUGCAGUGCCAGGUGCAGUGCCAGGUGCAGUGCCAGGUGCAGUGCCAGGAGCAGUACCAGGUGUGCCGGGCACUGGUGGAGUGCCAGGAGCAGGCACCCCUGCAGCUGCAGCUGCUGCCGCCGCCGCCAAGGCAGCCGCCAAAGCAAGCCAGUAUGGUUUGGGCCCUGGUGUUGGUGGGGUUCCCGGUGGAGUUGUCCCUGGUGCUGUUAAUGGUAUCAUAGCUCCUCGAGUUGGCACUGUAAUUGGUGGUCUUGGAGGAGCAGGGACGCCAGCUGCUGCCAAAUCUGCUGCUAAGGCAGCUGCCAAAGCUCAGUACAGGGCUGCUGCGGGGCUUGGAGCUGCUGUCCCUGGACUUGGGGCUGGAGCUGCUGUCCCUGGAUUUGGGGCUGGGGCUGGUGUCCCUGGAUUUGGGGCUGGUGCUGGUGUCCCUGGAUUUGGGGCUGGAGCAGUGCCUGGAUCCCUAGCUGCAUCCAAAGCUGCUAAAUAUGCAGCAGGAGGUGGCCUUGGAGGGCCUGGAGGACUCGGUGGGCCUGGAGGACUUGGUGGGGCUGGAGGACUCGGUGGGGCUGGUGUUCCUGGUGGAGUAGCAGGUAUGUUUUUGCUGUCCCAAAAAUGGGUUGGCUGGAAAUGGAGGCUGAGACCUCCAAGCAGUGCCUCCUUGAGUCCCUUGUGUUCCCAGGAGCUGCACCUGCUGCUGCUGCUGCUGCUGCCAAAGCUGCUGCUAAGGCUGCCCAGCCUUGGUGGAGCUGGAGGACUGGGAGCCGGUGGACUGGGAGCCGGUGGACUGGGAGCUGGAGGACUGGGAGCUGGAGGACUGGGAGCCGGUGGACUGGGAGCCGGUGGAGCAAUCCCUGGUGCUGCAGGCCUUGGAGGUGUGUCCCCUGCUGCAGCUGCUAAGGCAGCCAAAUACGGUGCUGCUGGCCUUGGAGGUGUCCUAGGAGCCAGGCCAUUCCCAGGUGGAGGAAUUGCAGCAAGACCUGGCUUUGGACUUUCUCCUAUUUACCCAGGUGGUGGUGCCGGGGGCCUGGGAGUUGGUGGAAAACCACCGAAGCCCUAUGGAGGAGCUCUGGGAGCCCUGGGAUACCAAGGUGGGGGCUGCUUUGGGAAAUCUUGUGGCCGGAAGAGGAAGUGAUCUUCUGGGGACCCCUCACUCGCGACCUCAUCAACGUUGGUGCUACUGCUUGGUGGAGAAUGUAAACCUUCUAUGACCACCCCCUACUCCAUCCCCCUGACCCCCACCUGGGAGGGGACAGCAGGCCAGUGGCCUUGGAAACCCACAGGACAAGGAAAUCAGACAGCAGCAGCCACGUACCCCUAGCCAGAAACUUCCUCCCUACAUCAGAGGCCAGGGCGGGUGUCCCAUCUCUUCCCACCCGGGAGCUCCCCCACACAGUCUCCAUCUCCAAGGGAAAUUGGUGCUACAUGUUGGUGCUUCUUCUUUGUGGGGGGAGGGAGGAGGGAAGGGUAUCCCAGGGGGGACUCCCUCCUUCCCUGAAGCCCCUCUGUUAAGAUGGUGCACAUAUUGGGCAGUCCCACCUCCCCCUGCCCACCAGGAGCCAUUCCUGGCUGCAUCCCAUUGGUACCCAAGUACCAGAAGCCUUGACGUUGGAUUUGGUGACAUGAUUCCUCUCUCUUUGGGUCCCCCUUGUCCCUGUCUCCCAUUAACAAUAGCUACUUCCCACAUCUGGGACACCGUGGAGUCAGACGGCUCCCCACACUGGGAAUAGCUCCCUUGUUCUUACGGAAUCCACCUGCCAACCACCCAUCCACCUACUCAUCCAUCCAUCCAUCCAUCCAUCCAUCCGUCCGUCCAUCCUGACUGCCUAGUGGCAUUAAGCUGGCUGGGCACACCCACUUAUCAACCUGGUCCACCUGUCAUGGCAGCCUGUUCCCACCCCUGCCACACACCCCAAUGCUGGCCUAGGGUGCAAAGGGCUGUGCGGUCUGGUCGUCCCCACAUGCAGUACUGUAACCCCCAUCCUCCCUGGAGCCACUCUCUUACAGAGCAUGUCUCACCACCCCACCUCUUUGUGUUUCGCUGUGAUAGAUCAAUAAAAUAUUUUAUUUUUUGUCCUGGA